UGUAUCUUUACUAAUGGUGUGUACACAGAAAUACAGAAUAGAUUAAACGGUGUCACCUUAAAACAGUCACUAGCUUUGAUCCUUCCCUCAACCAUAUUACCAUUUAUCAAUUUACCAUAGAUAAAAGAUUAAACAUUUAAACCUCAACGGCUGAACGUCACAGUUUUACAUUCGCAAUAUUCGCAUUUCACUUCACGCUGUCGUCGACUGCCGAUUUGCGUUGUUCUUGUCUACUUUUCGUGUGGCAAUAAAAUUGUCCUUUGGCGACUAGCUGUUAGACGCGAGUAAUCCGUUUCUAUUGCGUCAAGUCCAACUACCAUCUAAAAUGCCACGCACCAAGAAAAGAACUGUCCAUCGUUCGUCUGCUGUCGACAUGACUGCUGUGAAUGCAACGACGGCCAACCAAUCGAAAAAUAUGAAAGAAAUUUUGAACGAAUUUGAUUAUGAAAAACAAAAUAUUGAAGAUUAUUUUUCUGACAUAUUUGAUACCAAAAGAAAUUUAAUCGAAAAUUCAUUUUUAAUGACCAAAAUGAAUUUGGCCGACUCACUACAUUGUAAUCUUUAUGACUUUAUUUCUAAACAGUAUCCAAUAGAAUCCAACAGUGGAACUAAAGGAAACCUAGAACGACCGUCAAGGCCAGUUACCAAAGCUACAGUAAAAAGGAUGACUAGAGCAAAAAGUGGGCUUAAAUCAACAUCUAAGACCAAUGGUUCUGCCAUUGUAACAAAACACCAUAGUGCAACACGUAAUGUUGAUAAUAAGCUACUAUUAACAGAAACAAUAGAAUCUAGAUUUAAAACUCCAAUUAAUCGACCUGUAUAUACUUCAGCAACAGUUACACCAAAAGUAAAUAUGCAUGAACCAAUAUCAAUGAUGCGGCGUCCAAACCAAGGAGAGGUUGCACUUUCAAUGACUGGAAGUCCACUUAUGGUUUCGUCUGUUUCUAGGGAUGAUAUGGCCACAGUCAGUGUACCGUUAGCCAAUGGAAAUAUUCUUUCAAUAUUGCCUAGAGCUGGUGCUUCUAUGGACAUUUCAUUUGAUGAACAGACUAAAAGUGAAUUACUUCUUCUCAAGGGAAACAUUGAAGGGCUGUUAAAAAUGAAUCGGGGCUCGUGAGUACACAAUAAAAAUAUAUUUUCUACUGAUCUGAUUCUACUGGAAAAAUCACAGAGGAUGUUGACUAUACAAUGUAAUGAUUACAAUAAUUUAGUAUUAUAAUAUUAUAUUUUUCAAUAUUUAUAUAUGAUUUAAUUAUUAAUAAAUGUAUUUGCUCUACCUCAACUAAAAAUGAAAAACAUUUGUUAACAAUGUUUCGGACAGAAAAAUAUGUACUAAGGAUAAAUUAAUUUGAAUGCUCUUAAACAUAAAAAACAAAUUUACCUCGAUACACCAGUCUUGUAAUAAUAUUGC